AUGUGGUACUUGUUAAUGUUAUUUAGCGUGACUCAAAUUAACGCGUUGGGUAUUCUGUAUCCAAAGGAAUCUGAAACACGGGAAGUAAAAUCAUUGGAUGGUUUAUGGAAUUUUGCCAUUCUUAAUGACACCAAUUUUGAUUUUUAUAAAAAUGAUUGGUGGAAAGGUGAUUUAAAUCUAAUCACUAAAAAUGAAAUUCACUUAAUGCCUGUACCUUCAAGUUAUAAUGAUAUUGUGACAGAUUCUAAAAUCCGAGAUUAUGUUGGUUGGGUUGGUUACGAUAGAUCAUUUUUCGUACCAAAAGAGUGGAACGAUGGGAGGAAAAUUUUCAUUAGAUUAGAUUCUGUAAAUUAUGCUGCCCAAGUGUUUAUCAAUGGAGAAGAUGCAGUUACACACGAAAUUGGUCAUUUGCCGUUUGAAGCAGAUAUCAGUAGCUUGCUACAUUUUGGACAAGAAAAUCAAAUUACAGUGUUAUGCGACAACACAUUAUCUUCAGAUAGUAUUCCUCAAGGAGGAACGUACACUGAUUCAGUUGGAAGGAAAUUGGCAACCUAUACAUUUGACUUCUUUAAUUAUGCCGGCAUUCAUCGGUCUGUUAGAUUGUACACCACUCCUUCAGUUUAUAUUCAGGAUGUAAAAAUAUCGACUUCGCUAAACGAUAAGACUGCAACUGUGACUUAUGAAAUAUAUGUAGAAGGAUCAGAAGAAGUUGAAUGUCACGUAACUAUAUUGAAUAAGGAUGAUGACGCGGUAGCAACAAAUGUUGGAAAUACUGGUGACAUUGUUAUAGAGUCUCCAAAUCUUUGGUGGCCGUAUCUCAUGCAUGAUAAUCCCGGAUAUUUGUACAAAGCUCAAGUUGAACUUUAUGAUGCAGAUGGAGAAUUAAUUGACAAAUACGUUCAACGUUUCGGCAUUAGGACCAUCUCAUGGACAAACACAUCUUUACUCCUAAAUAAUAAGCCGAUCUAUUUGCGAGGUUUUGGCAGACAUGAAGAUUCUGAUUUUCGUGGAAGAGGAUUCGACUUGCCAUUAAUCAUCAGGGACCAUAAUUUAAUCAAAUGGAUGGGAGCUAAUUCUUAUAGAACUUCUCAUUAUCCUUACGCCGAGGAAAUCAUGGACUUAGCUGAUGAAAUAGGAAUUAUGAUUAUUAACGAAUGUCCUGCUGUGAAUAUGGACGGAUUUAGUUCAUUGCAAUUGGAAAACCAUAAAAGAUCUCUAACGGAAUUGUACAGAAGAGAUAAAAACAGACCAAGCACUAUUAUGUGGUCCAUAGCAAAUGAACCAAGGUCUCAGCAUACUGAAUCGCAGGCAUAUUUUGAACAUGUAGCCAGUCACAUCAAAAGUUUCGAUCUAUCACGACCGAUAAGUGUCGCGGAAAUGUACACACCUGAUGAAGAUCAUUCAUCAUACUAUGUAGAUAUUAUAAGUUUGAAUCGGUAUAAUGCGUGGUAUAGUGAUGUAGCCGAUUUGGAUAUUAUUCAAAGUAAAUUGAUUGCUGAAGUCGAGAAAUGGCACAACAAAUUUGGAAAGCCUGUUCUUGUGUCUGAAUAUGGAGCCGAUACUUUAGAAGGAUUUCAUACGCAACCCUCUUAUAUAUGGUCGGAAGAAUUCCAAUUGAAUUACUUAUCCAAUCAUUUCAAGGCGUUUGAUGAACUACGAGAAAAAUCUGGAUAUUUUAUAGGUGAAUUUAUUUGGAAUUUCGCUGAUUUUAAAACUAUUCAAGAAAUUAGAAGAGUUGGUGGCAAUAAAAAGGGAAUUUUUACACGAAAUAGACAACCAAAAGCAAGUGCACAUAUGUUAAGAAGAAGAUAUUGGGCUUUGGCGAAAUUGACUAAUCCUAAUAUUACAAUACCCGAAGAUGUUAACGAUUACAUUAUUUCUAAUGGUUCUAUACAUGAUGAAUUAUAAUUUAUAUAUUUAUGUAAAUAAAUAAAUAUAUAAGUGUUUUCUUUUAUAGCA